AUGACUUGGCGUGAAGGGGAGUUCGGCCGGCGCCCUGUAAGGGUAGCGAACUGUUCAGGAUGCGAUGUCGAUCAUCCUACAGAGUUGUACAAACAAGUCACUCUCGAUGAUAUCGACUUCAUCACGGGUGACAUCUGGCUGGUAAAUAUCGCCAACAACGCCGAGGCGUAUGUCGCAGGGAAGUACCCUGGCUAUGAGGAGACAGCCUGGGCGGGACUGAGGCAGACAAUCGAAGUACUUGACCAGAAGAGGAUUAAGGUUGCCAUCAACGGCGGUGCUUUGAACCCUAAGGGGCUAGCCAAGAAACUGGCUGCACUGGCCCGUAAGAAGGGUCUCAGUCUACGAGUCACUUAUGUUUCUGGGGACGACAUUCUCUCCCAAGUCGGUUCAACGUUGUCGGAAUCCAAGAGCGCGGUUUGGCCUCAUUUAGACUCUGGUAAUCCUCAUGUCAAAACGUCUGAAGAUGUUUCUGCUGUGGUGCAAGAAACCGGCGCUCCAGUUCCGAUCGUGUCUGCAAACGCUUACCUCGGUGCCCGUGGCAUCGUCGAGGCAUUUAGGAAAGGUACGGAUAUCGUUAUUUGCGGACGAGUGUCGGAUGCCAGUCCAGUUAUUGCAGCAGUCCGGUACUGGCACUCCUGGUCAGCCGAGGACUACGACAAACUGGCGGGCACAUUAGUCGCCGGCCAUCUCAUCGAGUGCUCUGCCUAUGUGACUGGUGGCAAUUUUGCCGGCUUCACACGAUACGACCGGGACAUCUUCAUAGAUCCCGGUUUCCCCAUUGCUGAAAUUGCACAUGAUGGAACCGCUGUUAUCACCAAACAUCCUGGAACUGGCGGAAUUGUAGAUGUCAACACUGAGAUGUCAACUGCUCCACGAGUAGAACAGGUUGGCCCUAAUCGUGUCUGUCUGAGUGUCGUUAAAAGCUGUCAUCCGCCACCUACCACCAAGGCGGCUAUCUUCUAUAAGGGAGGAUAUGAAGCCCAAUUGCUUUUCAACGUUAAUGGCUAUGCUUUUUCCGAGAAGUGCGACUUGUUCGAGAAGCAAUUCAAGACGUUCCUGGGAGAAGAGGCCCUGAAACAACUCGACAUUUGCGAAUAUCAGCGAAUUGGCGUACCAGCACCCAAUGGUCGCACACAAAACAGUAGCACGAUGUACAUUCGAACCUUCGCUACGGCUCGCACCACGAAGCCCCUUCUCGCCUUGCUGGGUAUUCUCUCAAAGAUGUCUCUAAAGCAUUUCCCAGGUUUUCAUUCCUCAUUGGACUUCCGAACCGCUUUUUCACACCCGCUGUUCACUUACUACCCGGAGAUUUGGAAACAGGACGCGUUGGACGAGCAGGCUCACCUCUUGGAGUUGGAUGGAGAGGCUGAGACCACGUUCUCAGCCAGUCACUCUCCCCGGUACGAGCUGGGACCCCGCGAUAACUAUGAGACUGCAUCUCCGGUAUCUUUCAACGGGCCUUUCAAAACCGUCCGUCUGGGAGAUGUCGCCUUGGGCCGAUCUGGCGAUAAAGGGGCUAAUGCUAACAUUGGGCUGUCUGUCGACACGCCCAAACAGUGGGAAUGGCUUCAUUCGUACCUCACCCGCUCCAAAAUGCAGGAACUCAUCGGCGAUGACUGGGAUGACUCGUUCUACAUUGAACGUGUAGAAUUCCCGCGGAUCUACUCUGUUCACCUUGUCAUCUAUGGCAUUCUGGGGCGUGGUGUGAGCAGUUCUAGCCCUCGAUGGUCUGGGUAA